GCUAACCAGUUUUUGUAUGCGUUUUUGCUGUUUGAUUAUAUGUAAUGGUCUAAAUUCUGUACAUUUAAUUAAUCUGCCUCGAUAGUAAUUUAUGUAUGUUAGUGUGUAAUGAUCGCUGAUGUGCAAGCGGAAGUAAACAAGCAGACAAACAUGCACAUGUGAAGUAGUAUUUUUUAAUACGCAUUCAUUUCUGAUCCUUUCAUAUCGGGAAAGAUGCCUGAGAUUAAAGUCACACCUUUAGGUGCGGGCCAAGAUGUGGGGCGCAGCUGUAUUCUGGUCUCUAUCGGAGGCAAAAACAUCAUGCUUGACUGUGGGAUGCACAUGGGCUACAAUGAUGAUAGGCGUUUUCCAGAUUUUAGUUAUAUUACUCAAAACGGUCGCCUCACUGAAUUCUUGGACUGCGUCAUUAUCAGUCAUUUCCAUCUGGAUCACUGCGGUGCUCUUCCCUACAUGAGUGAGAUGGUGGGUUACGACGGUCCCAUUUACAUGACCCACCCCACCAAAGCCAUCUGCCCUAUUCUGCUAGAGGACUUCAGAAAGAUCACGGUGGACAAAAAGGGAGAGACGAACUUUUUCACCUCACAGAUGAUCAAAGACUGCAUGAAAAAAGUCGUGCCUCUGAACCUCCACCAAACAGUUCAGGUGGAUGAAGAGCUUGAGAUCAAAGCGUACUAUGCCGGUCACGUGCUGGGAGCAGCCAUGGUUCAAAUCAAAGUUGGCUUGGAGUCUGUCGUCUACACUGGAGAUUACAACAUGACACCAGACAGACAUUUGGGAGCUGCUUGGAUUGAUAAAUGCCGACCAGAUAUUUUGAUAUCGGAGUCCACGUACGCCACAACGAUCAGAGACUCCAAACGCUGCAGGGAAAGAGAUUUCUUGAAGAAAGUUCACGAAACAGUGGAAAGAGGAGGAAAGGUCUUGAUUCCAGUGUUUGCUCUAGGAAGAGCUCAAGAACUCUGCAUCCUGUUGGAAACAUUCUGGGAGAGGAUGAAUCUGAAAGCUCCCAUAUACUUCUCUACUGGACUGACUGAGAAAGCCAAUCACUAUUACAAGCUCUUCAUCACCUGGACCAAUCAGAAGAUCCGCAAGACAUUUGUACAGCGAAACAUGUUUGAGUUCAAGCACAUCAAAGCCUUUGAUCGGACCUACGCAGAUAACCCUGGGCCAAUGGUUGUAUUUGCCACUCCUGGAAUGUUGCAUGCUGGGCAGUCUCUGCAGAUUUUUAAAAAAUGGGCUGGCAAUGAAAAAAACAUGGUGAUCAUGCCUGGGUACUGUGUGCAAGGAACUGUGGGACACAAGAUCCUGAAUGGGCAGAAGAAACUGGAGAUGGAGGGAAGAGCAACGUUGGAGGUGAAGCUGCAAGUGGAGUACAUGUCCUUCAGCGCUCACGCUGACGCUAAAGGCAUCAUGCAGCUGAUACGCAUGGCAGAACCUCGCAACAUGUUGCUGGUGCACGGAGAGGCCAAAAAAAUGGAGUUUCUUAAAGACAAGAUUGAACAGGAGUUCAAUAUCAGCUGCUUCAUGCCAGCCAACGGAGAGACGACAACCAUAGUGACGAAUCCCAGCGUCCCUGUGGACAUCUCGCUCAAUCUGCUAAAGAGAGAAAUGGCUCUUGGAGGUCCACUGCCUGAUCCUAAAAAGCCUCGCACCAUGCACGGCACGUUAAUAAUGAAGGACAAUAGUCUACGGCUGGUUUCUCCAGAACAGGCAUUGAAAGAGCUCGGCCUUUCUGAACAUCAGUUGCGUUUCACCUGCCGCGUGCAACUACACGACCCUCACAGCGACAGUGACACGCUCAGCCGCAUCUACACACAUCUCAAGAGUUUAUUGAAAAGCUACGGUGUCCAGCACCUGCCGGACGGCACGGUCAUCGUAGAGUCCAUUGUUAUUAAAGUGACCUCAUCACCUGAGGAGCCAAAUCUUAAAGUCAUCCUGCUUUCAUGGAGUUAUCAGGAUGAAGAAUUGGGCAGCUUUUUGUCGACACUGUUGAAGAAGGGUUUGCCCUCCUGACUCUGAUAAAUGUAACUUACAGUUUGCUUUUUGUAAAAAAAUAAAGAUUUUUUUUUUAGGAAAA